AUCCGGUGUGUAGAAGCGCGCGCUGCCACCUGGUGGUCACCGUGGUAACGGCGGUUGCCCUGUGUGCAUUAGCACAGUCGAAGAUGGCGACUGGAGUCCUUCACAGAGUAACCGGUAGCCUGGGUCGGGCUAAAAGCACGGCCCAGUCCGCCGGACAGCUCGUCGUGUUGACCAGGGGAUUUGCGACGUCAAGCAGCAAAAACAGAGAGGACAGCUGGUUUAAGUCGCUGUUUGUGAGGAAAGUUGAUCCCAGGAAAGAUGCACACUCCAACCUACUGACCAAAAAUGAGGAGAGCAACCUGUACAAAAUUCAGUUCCACAAUGUCAAGCCAGAGUGCUUGGAUGCAUACAACAAACUCUGUGAGGAUGUUUUGCCCUCCAUCCAUGCUGAUAAGUACUACCCCUGUGAGCUGGUGGGCACCUGGAAUACCUGGUAUGGAGAACAAGACCAGGCUGUUCAUCUGUGGCGUUACAGAGGUGGAUACCCAGCUCUGACAGAAGUGAUGAACAAGCUAAAGCAGAAUCAGGAAUUCACAGCAUACAGGAAGGAGCGGGGUAAGAUGCUGAUGUCUCGCAGAAACCAGCUCCUGCUUGAGUUCAGCUUCUGGAACGAGCCUGUACCCCGAGAGGGCCCAAACAUCUAUGAGCUCAGGUCUUACCAGCUCAGGCCAGGAACCAUGAUCGAGUGGGGUAAUUACUGGGCCAGGGCCAUCGGAUACCGCCAGCACAACAGAGAAGCUGUGGGAGGGUUUUUCUCACAGAUCGGCGACCUCUAUAUGGUUCAUCACCUCUGGGCUUACAAAGACCUUCAGUCCAGAGAAGACACGAGGAAUGGCGCCUGGCAGCAGGAGGGCUGGGACGAGGUGGUGUAUUACACAGUUCCUCUCAUUCAGCAUAUGGAUUCCAGGAUUAUGAUCCCGACAAAGGCUUCCCCGUUGCAGUGAAAUGAGAUGCGAGCUGGAAGCUGAAUUCAAGUGGCACCCCUUUUGAAUGUUACAUCCACCCGGAGCAUCACUAUCAUGGUUUCAACCCCGUCAGUGCUGCCAAACAGCAUCCCUUCUCUGUUCUGGUCUUUGCUUUGUUACUGAGAUAUCACUAAGACAGAGAAGGAAACAAUGUCUACUGUGUAUCUAAAAUUAAAACAGUUGAAGCCACUGACAGCCCAACUUUCCUACACUCCUGUUUUUGUUUUUUGUUUUUUUUGUCAAGUACAUUUGGCCAAUUUAAACCUACUGAUGCUCGUUACGUCCGACGUCUGGUGCCACAUUAAAACAUGGUCCACGAUGAGAGCUCAUGUCUAAGUUUAGGUCCAACCAAAGUUACUUGAAAAGUCGAGAGGCUGGGUGUUAGAGUGAGGACAGAAAAACAUAACUGCUGAAGCUCACUGUACAUUGCAGUAGCUUUUUAUUUAUUUAAUGUAAAUUUGGAAUAAUUAUGUUCAACGCCAUGCUAUAACUGAGUGAAGUGAGGAAAAACCUUUGUAUAUUCAUGCAAACGAUAAAGUGCGAGUAUAAAGUGUAAACCUCAUUUUCUUUUUUAGUCAAGGUUUUUUGUUGCAAACUCGUUUCAGCUGUUUUUUUUCUGGGUGUUUCUCGGUUCCCUUUCAUGGUAAUGUUGAUGUUUCACGGUGCUGUGUUUGUGACUCUGGCUUCAUCUUAUUUUUUUCUUGUGACAACAGCAUGCCUGGUUUUAAAAAACGUUUUUUAUCCAACAUGUUUUAAAGGGGCAUAAAUAUCAUGUAUGAUGAUCUCUGAAGACAAAUUAUCUGUCAGUGGCUGAGUGAUUCUGAGUGGGCAGUCCUGCUGCUGCGUAUUGUAAUAUCAGAUUUUAUUGUGAGAAGACGCAUGUUUAUCUUGUCUUGAUAGGGGACAGUGUAGAGGGACGGAUGAGACACAGAUUAAAGCAGUUCAAACAACA